AUGGGAACGACGCAGAGCAUUCUGGACAUCGACGACGGGCAAGGCAUUCAUGAUUGGAUGCACGAGAACUUCUUCUUCAGGGAUCCAAGAUGGAAGGCCAUGAAGAGGCAGCUACGCAGGAGGGUGAGCAGGAGCGGAGGAUGGAAGGGUGUGUCGAACAAGUGGGGCAUUGGGAUCAAGACGUCGAUCGAUGUGGCGAACUCGCGGGUCAUGGUCGACAAAGUCUACGAUGGAGGUCCCGCUGAUCAGACAGGAUGUGUUGAUGCUGGGGACCGGAUUCUCUACAUCGACGCAUUUGACAUCUCGGAACUUUUCCUCCACUUUGACAAGUUCAAAGACCCCGAUGCCGAGAAUGACCUGCAGAACUUCACGCUAGAGGACAUCGUAGAUGCUCUCAUGCGUGGAGACAAGGGCUCAAUUGUCCGCCUUGGGCUCGUCAAGGAAGGGCAGUCGAUCGUCACGUACAAGUCCAUCAUACGUGACUACGAUUAUGAGGGGGAGGAGCCGAUUACUAGCGAGUAA